UCCCGGGAGUCCGCAGAUCCCGGACAGACCUGGGCUACUUUAAGAGGAGGCCCGCCCUCCUGCGUGACGCCCGGCCCAGCCGACUCCCUAUUUGGUCGCGGCCCGGGAGGGCGGGCCAGGGCUGCUGGGUGCGGAGGGGAUCCGGCGGGUCGGGACGGAGGGACUGAGGAGGCCGGGAAUCGGCUCCGCCGCCGCAGCUGCUGCUGCCGCUGCUGAAGAUGUGGAGCCGCGGGCGGCGGCCCCUCCUCGGGCAGUCCGGAGCGCCUCGGCCGCCGCUGCCGUUGCUGCUGCCGCUGCUUUUGCUACUCCCAAGCCCCGCGCUCCUGGCUCACAUCAAGAAGGCGGGAGCCACGGCCACCGCCACGGCCCCAGCGCCCUGGGCCCCAGCGGCUGCGUCCGAGCCGGGGCCCGAUCCUGAGAGCGCCGACCCCUUCGGACGCUACUACCACGAGGCGGAGCUGGGUGCCGAGCUGGCGAAGGCUGCGCGGCCCGGUUUGGGCCGCCUCUACAGCCUGGGCCGUUCACUGGAGGGCCGGCCGCUGUGGGCGCUGCGCUUGACGGCGGGCCUCGAGGGCCAGGGCCAGGGCCAGGAGCCGUCGGCCGUGGGGUCGGAUCCGGGGCCGCGCGUGCCCGGGCGGCCGCAGGUGAAACUCGUGGGCAACAUGCACGGCGACGAGACGGUGUCGCGGCAGGUGCUCGUGUACCUGGCCCGGGAGCUGGUGGCGGGCUAUGAGCGCGGGGACCCGCGCCUCGUGCGCCUGCUUAACUCCACCGAUGUGCACCUGCUACCCAGCCUCAAUCCGGACGGCUUCGAGCACUCCCGGGAGGGUACUUGCGACCCAGCCCCCGCUGACGGCGGCGCCGGCCGCUACAACAGCCGCGGCCACGACCUCAAUCGCAGCUUCCCGGACCAGUUCGGCACUGGCGAACCCCCUGCGCUGGACGAGGUGCCCGAGGUGCGCGCUGUCAUCGAGUGGAUCCGGAGCAACAACUUUGUGCUUUCGGGAAACCUCCAUGGAGGCUCUGUGGUGGCCAGCUACCCUUUUGAUGAUUCUCCUCAGCAUAAGACCAGUGGGAUCUAUAGCAGGACAGAUGAUGAUGAAGUCUUCAAAUACUUGGCCAGAUCCUAUGCCUCCAAACACCCGAUCAUGAGGACUGGUGAUCCCCGAUGCCCUUCAGAUGAAGACGAGACCUUCAAGGAUGGGAUUACCAAUGGAGCACACUGGUAUGAUGUGGAAGGUGGUAUGCAGGAUUACAACUACAUGUGGUCCAACUGUUUCGAGAUCACUUUAGAACUGUCUUGUUGCAAGUACCCACCUGCUUCUCAGCUUCGCCAGGAAUGGGAGAACAAUCGGGAAUCUCUGAUCACAUUUAUCGAAAAGGUCCACAUGGGAGUUAAAGGGUUUGUGAAAGACUCGGCAUCCGGUUCUGGCCUGGAGAAUGCAACCAUCUCCGUGGCUGGCAUUAACCAUAAUAUCACAAGCAGCAAAGGUGGUGAAUUCUACAGACUGCUUGUCCCGGGCACUUACAACAUCACAGCGGUUUCCGUUGGGUAUAUGCCAAUGACAGUGAGUAACAUCGUGGUGCAAGAAGGUUCAGCCACGGAGGUGAACUUCCUGCUGCGGCCGACAGUGCUGGUCCCUGUGAUGCCCCAGACGGUGGCGCCGGUGCCCACGGUGGCCCCCGCGAUGGAUGCCCCUGAUACACCCGCCUCCCCCCAGCCAAUCCAGCCCCAGGACUUCCACCACCACCAUUUCCCUGACAUGGAGAUUUUCUUGAGGAGGUUUGCCAAUGAGUACCCCAACAUCACUCGUCUUUAUUCCCUGGGCAAGUCUGUCGAGUCAAGAGAGCUGUAUGUGAUGGAGAUAUCAGAUAAUCCAGGUGUCCAUGAACCAGGUGAACCGGAAUUUAAGUACAUCGGGAAUAUGCACGGCAACGAGGUGGUGGGCCGGGAGCUGCUCCUCAACCUCAUCGAGUUCCUCUGCAAGAACUUCGGGACCGACCCAGAGGUGACCGAGCUGGUGCGGAACACCAGAAUUCACCUGAUGCCCUCCAUGAAUCCGGACGGCUACGAGAAGUCCCUGGAAGGAGACUCCACCGGCGUGACUGGCCGAAACAACAGCAACAACUUCGAUCUGAACCGCAAUUUCCCAGACCAGUUCUUCCAGAUCUCAGACCCGGUGCAGCCGGAGACCACGGCCGUCAUGAGCUGGCUGAAGACAUACCCGUUCGUGCUGUCUGCCAACCUGCAUGGCGGUUCUUUGGUCGUGAACUACCCCUAUGAUGAUGACGAGCAAGGAGUUCCCUCCUACAGCAGGUCUCCCGACGACGCCAUCUUUCAGCAUCUGGCCCUUUCUUAUUCCAAGGAAAAUUCCGAGAUGUACCAGGGCACCUCCUGCAAGGACAUGUAUCCUGACGAGCAUUUCUCCCAUGGAAUAACCAACGGAGCCAACUGGUACAGCGUCUCCGGAGGGAUGCAAGACUGGAACUAUCUAAACACAAAUUGCUUUGAAGUGACGAUCGAACUAAGUUGUACAAAAUAUCCCUACGAGAAGGAUCUGCCCAAGUAUUGGGAGCAGAAUCGCAGGGCUCUGGUCCAGUUCAUGAAGCAGGUCCAUCACGGUGUCCGGGGGUUUGUCCUGGAUGCCACGGACGGCCGAGGCAUCUUAAAUGCCACCAUCAGCGUGGCCGACAUCAACCAUCCGGUCACCUCCUACAAAAGCGGGGAUUACUGGCGGCUCCUGGUUCCCGGAAUGUACAGAAUCACAGCCUCGGCUCGAGGAUACAAUCCUGUCACAAAGAAUGUGACCGUGAAGGAAGAAGGGGCCGUCCAGGUCAACUUCACGCUCGUGCGGUCCUCCUCGGACUCCCGGAAUAAUAAGUCCAACAAGGUGAAGGAGAUGGUGGCGGACGAAGGCGCCAGGGACCCAGUGACCAAGGAAUUUGAGGCCUUGAUCAAAGACCUGUCUGCGGAGAACGGCCUGGAGCGCCUCAUGCUGAGCUCGUCGCCCAAUCUGGCCCUGUACCGUUACCACUCCUACAAGGACCGUUCCGAGUUCCUGCGAGGCCUCGUCAUGAACUACCCGCACAUCACCAAUCUCACCAAUUUGGGUCAGAGUGCUGAAUUCCGUCAAAUUUGGUCCCUUGAAAUUUCCAAUAAACCCAACAUGUCUGAGCCCGAGGAGCCCAAGAUCCGUUUUGUGGCCGGAAUCCACGGCAAUGCUCCUGUUGGAACCGAGCCUCUGGCCUUGGCAGAAUUCCUCUGCCUGAACUACAAGAGGAACCCAGCAGUUACCAAAGUAAGAAAGGGGUACAGAAUUGUGAUUGUGCCUUCUCUAAAUCCAGAUGGGCGGGAGAGAGCACAAGAGAAGGCCUGCACUUCCACCACCGGGCAGAGCAAUGCCCGCGGCAAAGACUUGGACACCGACUUCACAAGUACGAGGGGGGAUGAAGAAUUAAGUCAAUUCCUUACCUAGCAAUGGAAGUUGGACCUUCAAAGCCACCUCCCUGCGGAGCCCUCUGUUAACUUGAGAACUUUUCCUUUUAUAGUGGAAAACAAAGAGACUCUGAGACAUUUGGCAUCACUUUAUGCCAACAAUCACCCAUCUAUGCACAUGGGACAGCCCAGUUGCCCAAAUAAAUCAGAUGAGAAUAUUCCAGGAGGAGUGAUUCGUGGAGCAGAAUGGCACGGCCACAUGGGUAGCAUGAAGGAUUACAGUGUCGUCUAUGGCCACUGUCCAGAGAUCACCGUGUACACUAGCUGCUGUUACUUCCCCAGUGCUGGACAGCUUCCUACCUUGUGGGCAGAGAACAAGAAAUCCCUUCUCAGCAUGCUGGUAGAGGUUCACAAGGGAGUUCAUGGGAUUGUCCAAGACAAGAGUGGAAAACCAGUCUCUAAGGCAGUCAUCGUUCUCAAUGAAGGCAUCAAGGUGCACACAAAAGAGGGAGGCCAUUUCCAUGUACUGUUGGCCCCCGGCUUCCAUAACAUCAACGCCAUAGCUGAAGGGUACCAGCAGCAACAUUCCCAGGUCUUCGUGCACCACGAUGCGGCCAGUUCGGUGGUCAUCGUCUUCGACACCGACAACCGGAUCUUUGGCUUGCCCCGGGAGCUCGUGGUGACCGUGGCAGGUGCCACCAUGUCAGCCCUGGUGUUGACGGCCUGCAUCAUCUGGUGCGUCUGCUCCAUCAAGUCCAACAGACACAAGGAUGGCUUCCACCGGCUCCGGCAGCACCACGACGACUACGAGGACGAGAUCCGGCUGAUGUCCACAGGCUCCAAGAAGUCCCUCCUGAGCCACGAGUUCCAGGACGAAACAGACACGGAAGAGGAGACGCUGUAUUCCAGCAAACACUGAGCCACCCGCCUCUCCCAGCCUAUGGCGCGAGCAGGACGACGGCUGCCCCUUCCAGGAGAUGCCGUGUGCAUGCGGCUGGGCAGGCCGGCCUCCAUCUGUCCUGCAUCUUCACAGAGCUGUGAGGGACGUUAACUUGCUUUAAAAAAAAGUGUAACCUCCAUGAAUACGGAAGAUCUGAAACUCCCUUCUCUUGAAUGCCGUCUCAUCUUUUUUUCUGUUUUUUGGAUCUCUUCUAUUUAUGCAUCAGAAGUGGGGCAAGACCCGUGGCCCCGUUUUUCCAAUGAAACCCAGCUCUCUGGGUCACUUCACGGCAGCCUCCGACUGCCUGGCAGACGUUGCCUGUGCAUUCUGGGUCUUUGCUAGUGGCUUUAGCUUCUGCCCCUCAUUGGUGGGGCCCCAGGCCCUCCCCCUGAAACAGGACUGCAGGGAGAGCUGUCCGCAUCCGUCGGUGUUAUGAAGCUUUAAUGGUCUAGGUUUCUUUCAACUUUCUGAGCUUUUUUUUCCCUUCUAGUUUGUAAAGUAACUGGAGUUUCCUUUUAUUAUUUCCAUGGACCGGAGGCUAAAUUGGAUCUUAGGGGGGGAAAAGGAAAGGCUUUCUGGGGCUUCUCUCUCUAUCCUAAAGCUCACUGGGAGCUCUCAUGCCAUGCUCCAAAAUGGGAUUUUACUACCUCUCUCAUUAGAUUUCACAGAACUUAAUUUUUCCAGUUUUCAGGGAGAAACGCGUUGCCAGGAGGCUUUCCAAAGGGAGAGGAGAAGGAGGGCUAACUCCAUUGGCCUGCCUUGAACUUAGUGAAACAAACCCACAGGUGUGCGACCGUCCUCUGCCAAUCUUGGGCUCGUCAUCAGGAGGACGCUUGGCUCAUGAACAUUUCCCCUUGCUAUACCGUGCUAGCCUUGUUGCUUUAUCCGGUCCAUCCAGCCUGUUUGCUGGUUCACAUUCUACAGACAGCAUCUGGGAAUGUCGAGGAGGGGCCUCUUAGCACCUUCUUAGCCCCACAGCAGCCACCCAGCCACCCAUCACCAUCCUCCACCCGAGCAGCCGCGCUGAGAGCAUCACACUGUGAGCUCAGGGUGUCUCCCCGUGGAGCUCGGCUUCUGUCCCAGACUCGGACCCUUAGCAGAUCCACGAGUGAGAGCUUCUCUUACACAUCACUUGGGUCGUUCCGGUUGGGUGGCCGCCGAGUCCAGCUAGCAGUAUUCAGGGAUGGAGUGGCUCUCCACCGCCGGUUGGCUGCUUCGGAAGGCUUGAAUUGAUAAAUGUCGAAUAGCACUAGUCGAGGAACAGUCCUGAAUGGGGCGAGUUGGAGUUCAGGGUGACAGGAUGACAAGAGCAUCAGAUAACCUAUCAGUGUUGUUGUGACUUAGCUGCAGCUUGUCUGCUCAGCAGAUCGAGGAGGAUUGUAGUCAGUAUCGCUCCGUGGAGCGAUCCUCUGCCCGAGAGUCCUUCCUUUAGUUCUUCAGUGCCAAGCAGCAUCCUUCAGUAGGGCUCGCGUCCAGAGUAGUUUAUGAGAAGAGACGUAGUUAAGCAGGGGUCGCUGUCGUGCCGUGGAAGUCGAGGAGGGCCAACUUUCGAUUGGGGUGGCCAGAUUGAAAUUGUUCUUCUGUCAGGCUCGGCCUUGGAGGCCUCUCGGGACAAGGAGUUCAUCGGGUGCCAAAGUAACAGUUAACAUUAUUUUACUGGUCCUUUCCCCCUGCUCUUUAGUCCUAAUUUAACAUUUCUUCCUCUCUUUUUUCAAAGUGCUUUAUCAAGUAAUCAACACAUAUACUUUGGAAUUCAGCUUUUCAUAGCAUCAUUUUAACUUGAGUUGCCGGCAGGUUCCACUUGGGACAGCGCAGGAGGGAAGGAAAUGCCAUUGGCCUGAGAUGAGAGAUACACCAGUCUUCAUUUCCAGAUAGUAACGCUUUCUCUGCUUCUUCCUCCAACUCAGACAUUUUGUUUUUCAGUUGAAUUCACCAGGAAUGUAUGGAGUACCUGCUAGGUGUCAGGGACUCUUCUACAGCCCCGGCCCUCCAGAAAGCUUUCCUUCUUCUCCCUUGAUCAGUACUUGCCAUUGUAGAGGGCCGAUCUUCCGGCCUUUGUGGGACAUGUCGGGCAUGGACAGGGGAGUGGGAAGAGGGAGCCAUUGAGUUCUUUAGGUCAUUUUUUUUUUAAUUUUGAAAGGAAAACCAAAUUCUGCUCUAUUUUGAGUUAAGUAGGAAAAAUUGAGAACCUUUCUGUCUUAAAUGAGGAGUUUCUAAAAAUGCCAGUGUGCUAUGGAGCCUAAGUAUCCCCAGCUUGUGUUCCCAGUUCUUGUGAGUGUCCUGGAUGUGUGACUACUAACCCAAAGGGUUCUCAGCCUUCUUUUAUGUCUCUGUGGAACCAAACUAGCCAUAUUGGGCCCAGCUGCCCAAGUCCUGGGGCCAGACAGAGUAGGGAACGAGCCCCUCUCUGGGCCUUGCAUCUCCUUACUAAGGAGUCCUGGGAACCACAAGUGUACAGUAUUGAGAAAUGUCGCCCAGAUUCAACUUGUGCCUUGACUCCCAAGGCCUGGUGAGUCCGUUUUGUAUCCCCGCUCCUUAAUAAAAGGCUAUUUGACCUAGUAGGUAACAAUGUAGUCGUCCGCUUUUGUGUAAAAUUGCUUUCAUCGGGUCCCUGGUCCAGUGAGAUGGACUGACUGAUGGGUGGCGACACUGGCACAAAGGCAGCACUCUCGUCAGAAGCAGUUCUACCCGGGAUCUCCUCGGCUGGCCAAAGGGGACACGUGGCCCGUUGGGUGUGUUGGCCUGGGCGGGGAAGGGUGCUGGGCUGGGGAUCAGCUGUGGCUCGCCCGAAAGAGGCCGCGUUAAAUGAAGGGAUACGGAGCAUGUCCGUAGAUUGUGACGUGACAAAAAUGAAUAAAAAGAUCUUGCCUGAACUUCUGUGUUCCUAGGCUGUCCUCACACAGUCCCAGGUGAUCCAGAGAGGGCUUCAAAGGUCCCUGGUCUCCCCCUAUUUCCAACAGAAAUGAAAUCAUACAACCAGGCUGGGCCCUGCUGGGUGUUAAAAGGCUCUUGACUUUGGGUGCCCCAAGCUUAGGCUUCACUCAAAACCACAUUAUUACUUCUACCAGCAGCAACCGCAGCGGCAGCCAGGCAACUGAAACUUCUAAUUUUUGUUUUAAUGUACUUUACCCAAAAAUUCCAUUUUUGUUUCUCUCAAGUGGCUUCUGUUUUAUUAACCUUUCCUUAUAUCUGUGGGCCUCUAAUUCAUUUUGAUUGAAGCAUCUCUUUGAUUUGGCGAUUAGGGCCCUUAACGGAUCGAUGCCAGCCUGAGGAUGGGUGAGGUCCUCCAGCUCCCUGGACCAUCCCCCUCAACACUCGUUUCCCCUCUCCAGCAAGAACUCAUUUAGCUCACUGCCUGAAUUUCAGAAUGCUGACUCGGUCAUUUCCCUUUAGCCGAAAUAUAGUUUGGCAUCUUCUAGACAUUUAGAGACAAUUGGGUUCCAAUUAUUAUGUAAAUAUGAGUGAUUUUAGCAUGAGGCAAGUGCGCCAUCUUCUCUUUUCUGAUGGUCACCCAAGAGUCUUUCUGGGUCAUUGGCAUGAAUGUAUUUUUUUCUCCUCAGCUUUAAAUUCAAAUUCCCACAACACACAUUUUCCCAGAAUGACAUUGUACUUGGUUUAUGCAGAAUAAACGUGAUAUUGUAGCUGUUUCUACAAAGGUGCCCAGCAAAUCCACAUUCAUCUCAACCACUUCAGGCUUGGGCGUGUUACAUGCACUGUGCCUUCAAAAAGAAAAAAAAAUUCAAAAGGACUUGACAUGGAAUUGAAUGAUAGUAUUUUUUUUAAAGAGCCGAUCUGUAAUUUAUGUAAAAUUGAAAUCUGUUAAUGAGGUCCUUUCUGUUUUUUUUUUUUACAUGUAAACAGAUCUAAUAAUCCCACAUAAAGGUUAUUUUAUGA